AAACCAACGCCUCACUAAUAAGAGCUAAUGCUGUUAUGCUAUUUAGCGCUUACAAUUAGCAAGUGCAACCUUGGUGCAAUGCGUUGCAAGAGUUAAAUAUGUCUGGAAAUGGCAACAGCGCAACAGCGCACACCGUACGGGAAAGGUCGUUUUGCGACGUUGCCGCUCUAUGCAUACACAAGCCGAGACGGCUGACAGCGCUCUCGGUCUCGCGGCCGCCGCUCUCCCCCUCCGGCCCCAGUCUCGCGAGAGCGUGUUCGAGAGCUACACGUUGUUUGUUUGUACAUCGCAAUGGAUUCCGAUUCGCGUGAAUCGUUCACAACAAAGGAAGAACCCGAGUCCGACAAUGAAAGUCAGUCAACUCCGAGAACAUAUCCAAAGAAGAAUUGGGAUUCAGAGAGCAUAUUCAGACUGAUAGAAAUAAUGAAAACAGAAUGUAAAGAAUUAUGGGAUGUGAAACACCCGUUGAAUAAGGACCGAGUGUCGAGAACAUCGAAGCAGGAAUACUUGGCACGAACGUUCGAGACGAGCUGCGAGGAAAUAAGUAGGAAGAUACACAAUUUGAGGUCGCAGUUUAAUAAUGAGUUGCGGAAGAUAAAGCGGCGGCGAGUGGCGCUGGGGGACGGGGUGGAGGAGUGCGGGGGCGGCGGGGGGAGCAGCUGGGAGUACUUCGAGGCGCUCUCGUUCCUGCUGCCGCCGCCCUCGGCCGACCCGCUCGACAUCGACGGGGUUAAUCUGGCGCUGGCAGAGUUCCAAGCGAACGAAGAAGUGGAGUUCAGCGCGGCCGCCCGGGCUGCGUCCAAGAUCCCGCCGCUGACGCCGGGCGGUCCUGGGCGGAAGACCUCCACGUCCACCCCCCGCCAGGCCGCCGCGCCGCCGCCCGUGCCGGCGCACGCGCAUCCCAUGCUGUGGCCUGAAGAGUCCUCGCCACGGAUCCGGCCGCUGAGCACUAUUAGUAAUGAUGAGUGUCAGAUCUUCGGCGACUUCGUGGCCUCAGAACUGCGCACCCUCCGCUCGGACGAGUCCCGCAAGCAGCUGAAGCGGCUGAUCCAGAAGGCGAUCCUGCACGUGGGCGAGCUGGAGGACGUCAACAUGAUCCCGGCACAGAGACUCUAGCGGUGUCUGCUGGAGACUUCAUUGUACUAGGGAGUUCUAGAACUUUCUGCGGCCGCUUCACAGGUUCGAUGAAUACGGCGCUGUCAUUGGUGGAAGUGGAACGCGCAUUAAACAAGUUCGAAGUAUCGAAGAACUCGUGUUGCGAUCGCUUAUGUGAUUGGAGAACUAGAGUUCUAGAACAUUCAAAUCCUAGUACAGCUGAAGCGGCUGAUCCAGAAGGCGAUCCUGCACGUGGGCGAGCUGGAGGACGUCAACAUGAUCCCGGCGCAGAGACUGUAGUGGUGUCUGCUGGGGUCUCUGGGGACUUCAUUGUACUAGAAAGUUCUGGAACAUUCUGUUUUGAUAGGAGGAGUUUUAAGAAGAACGGAGAGGUUGUUUUAUGGAUAACAAAAGAUAAAUAGAUGUAGCGGUGCCUGCUGCAGUCUCUGGAGACUUCAUUGUACUAGAGUUCUAGAACUUUCUGCGGCCGCUACAUGGGUUCGUUAUCGUAAUCGAUAAACAAGUUUAAUGCGCGUUCCUCAUAUCCAAAAAUGAUGGCUUUAAAAUUUCUCCAAUUAAAACAGAAAGUUCUAGAACUCUAGUACAGUAAAGUCUCCAGAGACUGCAGCAGGCACCGCUAGAGUGGUGCUGUCAUUCUCUUUAACAAAAUCAUCGACCUUCUCCAAUGAAAACAGAAGACUAUAACGAAACCGUGUAGCGGUCGCUGGUGUGAUUGAAU